AUGGAGCCCGGCGGGCCGCAGCGCGACCUCCGCCCCCACCACCGCCCCCAGGCGCAGCGCCGCCUCCGGCUGCCGUCUCGUUGGGUGCUCGCCGCCGGCGCGCUGCUGCUGCUGCUGUGCGUCUACUACGGUUUCGGCUCUACGUGGAGCGACCCUGUCUUGCAGAUUCAGCAUCCUGAAGCAGAGGAGAGGACCAGUUCAGAUGUAGCACUUCGAGAAGUAGAACUGGCACUUCGAGAAACUGUCUUGGUAGACGUGCUCCCAGCUAAUCUUCAAGAAUCGAUCGAUUUGUGUCGGAUGUAUAACUGUUUUGACUACUCCCGAUGUCCUUUAGUGUCAGGCUUUCCAGUGUUUCUCUACGACCCAGAUAAGUUCCCUAUAGCCGGUGCUGGCUGGGAAGUUGAGGAAUUUCUGAAGACCACACUGAAACAGACUCUGGGUGACAAUCCUCACUACACAACGCAGCCCACAGAGGCCUGUGUGUUUGUGGUGUUAGUAGGCGAAACUUCAGCAGUGGCAGCCACCAAUGUCAGUGAGCGACCUAUAUCGACUGAAGCGUUGCACAGACUGCCAUUCUGGGGAGCUGAUGGCCGUAACCAUGUGCUCCUCUACCUGUCACGCAGCACUGGACGGCGGGAUUUCGCUGCUGGAAGCCAUGACGCUUUCAGGGGUGUCGACACUGGACGAGCUAUUAUUGUGCAGUCAACGUUUCUGAGGUCAAGAUUUCGACACAGUUUUGACGUGAUUGCGCCUCCUGUGCUGGGACCACUCGGACGACCAGUGUGGCAAGACUGUCCACAGAUGGCGCCAGCGCGCAGAAAGUUUCUGAUUUCGUUUCAAGGUGAACUGAGCAAGCCGUCAAAUAGGACUUUAAAAGAAAUAAACAGUGCUGUUAAUCGUAAUGACAGUAGUGUGGAGAGUUUUCACAAAGGUGAGCAUAAUGAAACAAGUGCCAAUGAUUAUACUCUGGACACAGACACAUUUAUUGUACAUUAUCUCAAGCGAAUGGAGAGGGACACUGCAUUACACAAGUUUUUGUUCGACUUUGAAUGUUUGCUUUCACCAGUGAGCGGAAGGGCAAGGACAGUGGAUAUUUCAGGGGAGUGGAGACUCUGUGGAACAGAGACAUCACGUUUGAGUGUGCUGAAACAGUCCACUUUUGCGCUGAUUAUCGCUCCAAAGGAUGGAGGAGUGCUGUCAACGGCAACGAUGCAACAGCGUAUUUAUGAAGCUCUGAAGUCUGGUGCCGUGCCUGUCGUUCUGGGAGGAGAUCAGGUACUCCUUCCAUUUGACGAGGUUAUUGAUUGGAGAAAAGCUGCAAUUCUACUUCCAAAAGCACGCGUCCCGGAACUUCACUUCCUGAUAAGUGCUGUGGGCGACGCAGACCUGCUGGCCAUGCGCCGCCAGGGCCGUGUGCUGUGGGAACGCUACAUGUCGUCUGCGCAGGCGGCUGUUGACACUGUGAUCGCACUGCUGCGCACGAGAUUAGGAAUCCCCCCGACUCCAGUACUGGAUAAACCGUCACCUAGUGUGUUCAAUGCUUCUUUCACUCCGCUGAAGGCCAAAGUCGACGAUGCAGAGACUGAUUUUGGGGAGUACCUGGGGCCCAUUGAACCUCCGUACCCAUCGCCAAAGUUUAAACGAAAUUUCACUGUACUUCUUACUCAGGGACACGAAAUAUGGAAUGACUGGGGAGACCCGUUUCGGCUCUAUCCACAGUUACCUUUUGACACUGUCCUUCCGUCUGAUGCUAAAUUCUUCGGAUCUGGUGCUGACUUCCGUCCUAUUGGUAAUGGAAUAGGAGGUGUAGGAAAGGAAUUCUCUGCAAACUUAGGUGGAAAUGUACCAAGAGAACAGUUUACAGUUUUGAUACUGACUUAUGAAAAGGAACAGAUACUUAUCGACUCUGUCAGUAGACUUUAUGGCUUACCUUAUCUCCAUAAGGUGGUUGUUGUGUGGAAUUCUCCAAAGCCACCGCUGGAAGACAUGCGCUGGCCUGAUAUUGGUGUUCCUGUUCAUGUAGUGAAAGCAAGUCGUAACAGUUUGAACAACCGUUUUCUUCCAUAUGAUGCAAUUGAAACAGAGGCUGUGUUGUCUCUUGAUGAUGAUUCAAAACUACGACAUGAUGAAAUUGUAUUUGGCUUCAGAGUGUGGAGGGAACAAAGAGACCGGAUAGUCGGCUUUCCUUCACGUUACCACGCCUGGGAUCAGAGUCGUAGUGCAUGGGUGUACAAUCCCUACCCCUCCUGUGAAAUCUCUAUGGUUCUGACAGGUGCCGCAUUUUUUCACAAAUACUACUCGUACCUUUACACGUAUUGGCUACCUCAAGCAAUAAGAGACAAAGUGGACGAAUAUACGAAUUGUGAGGAUAUUGCUAUGAAUUUCCUAGUUUCUCACAUCACUAGAAAGCCUCCAGUCAAAGUGGGCUACCGCUGGGAAAUUGGCAGCUGUCCUAAAUGUACUGACUCACUUUCCAAGACCUCUUCUCACUACCGAGAGAGAAGUAAAUGCAUCAACUUUUUUACGGAGGUGUUUGGUUAUAUGCCGCUCGUUUCUACACAAUUAAGGGCUGACUCAGUUUUAUUCCAGACAAAAGUUCCUCAGGGUGUAUGCUUCAAUUCCAUUUAAAAUCCAAACUGUGCUUGGAGCACGAACCAUUCACAGUCAGUGAGCGUGGACUUUGGGGUAACAGCUGACUAAUGUUGAUGCUCAAAUGAAAUGGCGGUACGGCACUAUCAGACAGAGGACCCCAUCUGGUGUUCUUCGGACACCUUUUGCAAGUCUUCUAUAUUUGACGCCACUUCGAUGAUUUGCGCCUCGGUUAAGAUGAUGAAAUGAUGGUGAAGAUAAAUUCUCCGACCAGACUGAGAAUUGAACUUGGAACCCACUGAUCUGGAGGCAGCAACUCUAUUUCACACGUGCUGCAGACAUUCCCGAUGUUGUCUCGGAGUGAGAGAAGAGACGUAAAGGAAAGAAGUGCACCAUUCUUCGUCACAGCAAUGACUGUGGCUUCAUAUAUCCCAAAGAGGAUAACUUCACUUCAUAUAAUCAAUAUUAUUAUUGAAAUAAUGAAGCUGUACUAUUAAUAAAUUGCAGCUCAGUUCUGUGAGCAAUUAAAUAAGACGCAUAAGUACUCAAAUAACAAUUCUUCAUUGGUGCAUACUGUAUUUCAAUUUUUAUGUUUGUUAAUAUUUUGUACUUGUAUAUAUAAAAGUGCCUGUUUCCUGCAUCCUGCGCCCGUACCUACAAUUUUUCCAUAUGAAUCUGUGUAUAGUUGUGAGUGUUCUGCAUAUACGAAGACAAUGUCAUUCAUAAUUUUUCCUUAUAUACGAACAUAAUAUUAGUAUAAGUAAAUCAAGAUGAAACAGUAUAAGAGUUUUUCAAAAGUUUUUAUUUAUCGAAGCCAUUCAAGUUUUUCACUUCCAUGUACAGCCUUUUUAUGUUUAAGAGCGCCUACGUGCAUAUCGAUGGUAAUAGACUAAAUAGUUUUUAUUACUUAUGUGCUUAAAAUAUAACAAAAGACCUGUCAAUGUGUUUGUAUUACAUAAAACUAUAUGUAGAAUUGUCAUUAGAAAUAGUGUACUUCUCUUUUUUUCAGAUAAUAUUGAUUUGAAUAGCUUGAAAUCUGGCAACA